UGCAAGUUGUGCUUUCUCAUCUCAUCAAAGUUAUUCAUCAUAUAACCUCAUAGCCUGGGGAAGGACUGAGGAUAUAAUAAAGAUUCCCAGUAAGUGAAGCUGAUAACAAGAUGGCUAAUAAUAGCUCCAUUGACACAAGCUGUUUCCCUACAAGUCAUCAAUUAGAGAUCAUAGGUUGGGUCUCCAUUGGUACAGGUGGUGCCUCACUCAUCUCUUGUAUCCUUAUUCUCUUUGUUGCCAUUCUAUUCCAGAAGUACAGAGGUACCACACAGCGUGUGAUACUCUACCUGACAAUCACAGUCUUUCUCAAUUCUAUCCUAUACUUACUCCAUGGGAUAAGGACUAUUUUAGAGGGAGCAACCGAUAGUGAUUUCUGUAUUGCUCUUGCUUUCCUCGACCAGGUCAUUAGCUGGAUGGAAUUCUUAGCCAUUUUGUGUCUGACCGUUGAUUUCUUUGUGAAGUCCGUUUUCUUAAAGUUCAACACAGAGAGAUUCGAAAUCGUAUACGCCUUAGUGAUUUUUAUCUUACCAUUCACUUUCAACUGGGUUCCAUUCUUAGGCAAUACAUACGGCUACGGUGGCACUAAUUGCUGGAUAAAACAAUAUAAAGAUAUGAACUGCAGCGAGACAGACAAGCUUGGACUUGCCUUUCGUUUCGGCCUAUACUGGAUACCAUUCUACAUCAUAAUGACAUUUGUCAUUAUAGCGUACUUCAUAUCUCUAUUCAAAGCCAGACGAAGGAUCACCCAGUAUUCUGCCACAACUCCGACAUUUAGUGAGCAAACAAUCAAAGAGCUACUGCUAUCUGAAGUCCGUCAAUAUCAGCUAUACCCCUUCAUCAUGAUAGUCAUAUUCUCGCUCGGAAUUAUAUCGAGAAUAGCCGAAGCAGUUGAUGACGGAAAAAAUUUUUUUGCACUCCGCGUGUUUCAUGUUGUAGUGAUGGCAAUACAGGGCCCUGUCAUUGCCAUUGUCUUUACAAUGGACUAUGACACUCGUAAGCAGAUAUGCAACCCGAGACAGAUUCUUACUGCCUGCUUUGGACUGUGGUGCUGCUGUAGGAAGAACAGAGUGAGAGAGUACACUGCCAUAAUACAUGAAGGUAGUUUUAUAAGUGAUCCUAUCAUGACACCAAAGCAAAGCAGCUCAAUGGAAGAAGAGUCACUAGCUACUGGCAGUGGGUAUAUUACAGCCAAUAAAAAGAAUGAAGUAAUAUGAUAAUAUUACAUUAGUAUGAUGAUGGUAUAAUUUUUACUUGUCUUGUUGAAUUUCUAAUCGUGUUUCUAAUUUUUGUGAAAAAUUGUGUGAUGCAGAUAUUACGAUAAUAAUUAUUACAAUAA